UCUGCGGACUUGGGCGUUGUACACCGCAUCUCAUUUGCGUUGGGGCCAAUUUCUCCAUUUACGAACUGCGCUCGAGAAAAAAUUGCAAGAAUUCGCGUUUAUUUUGCGUCUUCGCCGCAAAUCUUUCUGCCAGUUCUCGCGCGCGUGCUUUUUAAUUGCUGUGUCCUCGCUCUCAGGCUGAUUCCUCGGCUUCGUCUGGAGAAGGAGGCGUCGGCGUCUGACUCGGAUUUUUGGGAAGUAGCUUGCGGUCUUUGUUCAUUCAUUUGAUCGGUUGGGUUCCUUUGUUGGACCAGAAGCAUGGGAGCACAAAUCUCCAAAACCGCUGGAAAAGAGGAAGCUGCGGUGGAAAAGCCAGCGGACGGUGCAGCUGUUGCUGCGAAGACAAACGGACAGGAGAACGGCCAUGCCAAGACCAACGGGGACGCGUCCCCUGCUGGAGAAGAGGCCAACAAAGCUGACGGCCAGGCCAACGGCAACAGUCCUACCGAGGAGGCGGCAAAGGAAGACGGCGAGAAGGUAGAGGCUGCCGAGGCCAACGGCGAGAAGGAGCCGGCGGCCACAAACGGAGAGGCGUCCGCCAAGCCAGAGGAAGGCGCCCCUUCCACCAGCGACGACGGCAAGCAGAAGAAAAAGCGCUUCUCCUUCAAGAAGCCCUCCUUCAAGCUCAGCGGCUUCACUUUCAAGAAGACCAAGAAGGAGUCGGAGGAGGCGGCCGGAGAAGGAGCGGCGGCGGCGGCCGCUGCGGAGCCGGCUGAGGGCGAGAAGGCGGCGGCAGAGGAGGCGGCUCCGGAGGAGGCCAAGCCGGCGGAGGCCGGCGAGGAGGGAGCCAAGGAGGCUGCAGCCGAGGAGCCCAAGGCCGAGGAGGGGGCGAAGGCGGAGGAAGCGGCAGCAGGUGGAGAGGAGAAGCCAGCCGAGGCUUCACCCGCGGAACCAGAGACUGCUGCCAGUCCAGAGGCCGCCGCCGCUGCUGCUGAGUAAUCCUGCUGAACGAAACGCCCGAAUGAAGGAGGGGGAGGAGGAGACGAUGAUGAUGGAGCCCGUCUGAAGGAACGAGAGGACUUGUCUAAAACCAGGGAUUUCUUUUUGUUUAUUUUUUGUUAGUGUUUGUUUACUAUUCUGCAACCAUCUCAUCCAGAAUGACUGCAUGUCCCUGGCAGUGACGGACAGGAGGUGCGAAGGCGAGAGUGUGCUGCUUCCUCACUGCUCAUUGGUGCUUGCAUUUGUGACGUGGGUGAGUGUGAAGGUGUGAAUGCGAGCGUGAAUGUUUUUCUACAUGAAACCAUGACUGUGUUGACACGCUGAUGAAUUUGACAUAUUUAAUCGAAGUAUUUGGUGCUGGGCAAUUGGAUGUAGCAGCUAAAGCUGUGUCUGCAAGAUUUGACACAUUGUGAUAUUUAAAGGGAAAGUCCCAAACCAAGUCUUUAAUGUUGUCUUUGCAGUGCACAGUUGUUUACAACUCUUCAAGCUCAAUGCUCCUGUGGACACGACCAUUCUAGGUUUAGUUAACUGUCAAACGAUAGGUGCUCAUCACUUUCCAUUAGUCUCCACUAUUUCAAAAUUCCGUAGUUGAUGCACGUUGUAUAGACUUUGAUAUUACUGGUUUUAUGACUGAGAUGUACCUAAAUGACUGAAGUUUUUAACAGAUUACCCAUUGUAAAUGAAGUUUUCUUGUUUUUCACCAUUUGUAAGAUUGAAUAAAAUUGGGAGAUGUUUUAAGCAAA